AGCAAGGGGACGGGACGCUCUCCCAGCCCCCUCCCGUUCUCCCGCAUGGUGGACAUCCCGCUCACUGGAUGACAUGGGGGAUCAUUCCAAAAAGAAGUCAGGAGUUGCAAUGUGCGUGGGCUGCGGGAGUCAGAUACACGACCAGUUCAUCAUGAGGGUGUCCCCGGACCUGGAGUGGCACGCAGCCUGCCUCAAGUGUGCAGAGUGCAGCCAGUACUUGGACGAGACCUGCACUUGCUUCGUCCGAGACGGAAAGCCUUAUUGUAAAAGAGAUUAUGUAAGGUUAUUUGGCAUCAAAUGUGCAAAAUGCAACACGGGCUUCUGCAGCAGCGACCUGGUGAUGAGAGCUCGACGAAGCGUCUAUCACAUGGAGUGUUUCCGAUGCUCCGUGUGCAGUCGACACCUCCUGCCCGGUGACGAGUUCUCGGUGCGGGACGACCAGCUCCUGUGUCGGGCCGACCAUGCCCUGCUACUGGACAGGACCUCCGUCGAUAGCCCGCUAAGCCCCGGCACCAUUCACACCAGACCUCUGCACGUCACCGACCUAGCCUCCGUUCGGCACCCAACACAUCACCGGAACCACAUCCACAAGCAGUCCGAGAAGACCACCCGGGUCCGGACGGUGCUGAACGAGAAGCAGCUCCACACCUUGCGGACGUGCUACAACGCCAACCCGAGGCCCGACGCCCUGAUGAAGGAGCAGCUGGUGGAGAUGACCGGCCUGAGCCCCAGAGUGAUCCGGGUCUGGUUCCAGAACAAACGCUGCAAAGACAAGAAGAAGUCCAUUCUGAUAAAGCAGCUGCAGCAGCAGCAACACUGCGACAAAACGAACCUGCAGGGCCUCACAGGAACGCCCCUGGUGGCGGGCAGCCCCAUCCGCCACGACAGCACCGAGCAGGGGAACUCCGUGGAGGUGCAGAGCUACCAGCCGCCCUGGAAGACCCUCAGCGACUUCGCCCUGCAAAGCGACCUGGACCAGCCCGCCUUCCAGCAGCUCAUGUCUUUUUCCGAGUCGGGCUCGUUGGGGAACUCUUCGGCCAGUGACGUCACCUCGCUGUCGUCUCAGCUCCCGGACACGCCGAACAGCAUGGUACAGAGUCCCGUGGACACGUGAGGAGGAGCUGGGUCACGGGACCCCAAGUCCUCCCCCCAGAACUGAACAAUCACAGGGUGCUAAUGCUGCUGAUGGAUUAACUCCCGAGGAUACUCAACGCUUUUUUUCAAUUUUCGGCUCAAGGGCACUACGGGAGCGGACACGCCUUGUGGGAUUCGAACAGUUGUAUUUUUGUGGAAGCCAGAAUACAUGUGUGGAUGUGCAUGGCAUCGCUUUAUCAUUUG